GUCCAACAUUGCUUCACCCAGAUAUCGUCAUAAGAAGAAGGAGAAGGAAGAUGCUGAAACACGUCGCUUUGCAGGCAGCAGUGCUGCUAUUGCUUUCUGGGUCUAUAAGUACCCAGCUAUAUGAGACAGGUACAUAUUACGAUGAGGAUGCUGAGAAUCAUGUCUUGGUGGAAAACAAAUGCAAGUGCAUAAAAGUGACAUCAAAAUUUGUCCCUUCGAAGGAAAAUCCCAAUGAAAAAAUCUUAGAGAGAGAUAUUGAAAUACGGAUACCACUGAAAGCUAGAGAAAACAUUUCCGAUCCAACAUCCCCAUUAAGGACUAAUUUCGUCUACAAGCUCUCAGACCUUUCUAAAAAAUGUGACCCUGUUGAAGUGGAACUUGGUGGAGAAACAGUCUUGGUUUCCCAAGCCAAUUGUCACAAAUCAGAUGACACCUGCUACACCUAUGACAGAAAUAAAUGCUACACCAGAGACAUACCUUUCACAAUUGGAGGGAAGAUCGAAAUGAGAAAAGCAGCACUCAAUCCAGAAUCCUGCUAUGAAUAAUGGCAAAUCAGGAAAAAAAACUGAUAUACGAAUAAACAUAAUUGUUGUGUAAAUGGCUAUUUGUUUUAUAUAUUUUUAGUACUUUUUCUAGAUUCUGAAUAUAUUAACCACUUUUUCUUUAUUUCCAUUUUCAAUUUACACAGUAGGCUUCAUAUCUGCAAUAAAUCUUUGUUUUUGUGUGCAA